UAUGGAGACGGAGUGAGGCCAGUAAAGGAAGCGCGACGCCUCAGGACGGUUAAAAUCCGCCGCAGUGGAUGAAGAACCUGCAUUAAAUCAGCCCUGGUGUUUGUACUGCCACAAUGAAGCUCCUAUGUCUUACCGUCCUCUACAAAGGAGAGAGCAAAGCCAGCCUACUGAAGGCAGCCUAUGAAUUAUCUUCAUUCGGGUUUUUUCAAAGAUCCAGCAUUCAGGAGUUCAUGACUUUCACUUGUGGCCUCAUAGUGGAACGUUCUGCACUUGGCGCUCAAGCUUCGGUCAGUGAGAAAGAGUACAUGUGUCAUGUGCACAUACGGGACGAUGGUCUGAGCGCUGUGGCCGUCGCAGACAGCGAGUAUCCACAGCGCGUGUGUUUUUCACUGCUCGACAAGGUGUUGGAUGAGUUCUCUAGACAGGUGGAUGACCGACAGUGGCCUACUGGAACUCCAGAAACCAUCCGCUUCACCAUGCUAGAGGAGUACCUUAACAAAUACCAGAAUCCUAGAGAAGCUGACGCACUGACCAGAGUCCAGGCAGAAGUUGAUGAGACAAAGAUCAUUUUGCACAGAACCAUGGAGUCAUUAUUGGACAGAGGAGAGAAGCUGGAUGAUCUGGUGCAGAAGUCAGAGGAACUUGGACAAACGUCCAAAGCCUUUUACAAAACUGCUCGGAAGCAAAAUCGCUGCUGCAAGAUGAUGUGAUUUGUCCUGUCUCAGAUCUCCAGGCUGAAGGUUUUUGACAUCAAGACUAACGAGAAAGUGCUUAUGCAGUCAGCAUUUUUCUUCAUUUUCUUUGAGUAUUAAACCAGAGUGAUGGAAUGUUAUUAAUAAUGUUUCCUUCACCUCACUGGGGCUGUAAAAAUCAAUCUUUCUGGUGCCUUUACAUUAUCCUGUGUCUUUCUGAGAACCUUUUCUAUUUUUGACUUCCAUUCCAACUUGAGUUUUGCUAUUGAGUUACAAGGCUAAUGUAGGUAACAAGUAAUGGAAGGCUGGUAAUGGACAAUGGGUAAUGGUAAGAUCCUGCCUUGAAGAUGGCUGCUACUAGUGUUUUUAGCCAUGCUAACGCAUAUUUGUCCAUUUUUAUAGACUACAGUAUAUAAUACAGUGUCAUACAAGUCUGUGUGGGAUUACUUAACAUUUCAACAUGGUUUAAGGCAAAUGAAUGGUAAUUUAGACCUACAGUUAGCACAAAGAUGCUAACCUUGACUGUGAGGUUAUAAGGUUUGUUCGCUACAUUAGCCUCACAGCAUCCAUGCAAAGCUAAAGCAAACUUCAGACACUAAACCCAGGCUGUUCAACAACAAUAGGAGUAAGGUGGAAAUUUGAUAGUUUGCAAGACUGCAAGAGGCAGCUUAGCACAGACAGUCAUAACACUGUCCAGAGACUUUUAUUAUUAUUUAUGAAUAUGUGGAGUGUGGACUACUUUGGCAGCAGUGCAAGUUAUUUGAAGUUGUUUGCCUUUGUGUGAAAAGAAUGGUCUGAGGACCAGCAUUAGAGCUUCCGAGGAAAUGAGCGUUGCUGUUUUGUUUUCCAUUUCGUUCCUUUAGUUAAGAAGCUUUAACCGUAAUCAGAGGUGUGAAGAACAAAAUCAGGAAGUUCAGAUGAAAUUCUUGAAAAACUACUUAUACAAAUUGUUUGGCUUGUGGGGAAAGACUUGGCAAUAGAUUGGAAGGGGAAUGCCACCAGUUUAUUCAAAAUUUCUAUGUAAUUGAAUCGUUGAAAAGUCAUUCGGAGUGAAAUGGUCACAAUGUCUACAAGACAAACAUAGCCGUUUACCACCAGUGAACCCACACACAUCUUCAGUUUUUAUUUGUAAUAUUUAUGAUGGUAAAAUAGUGGUAAAUAUAAGUUAUCUUCUGGAACAGCUUCACAACACCCUGCAUGCACGUCUGUGAAUUUUAAUUUGAACAACUUUCUGUUAGGGAGUUUAUAGACACAUUAACGUCUGGUUCCUAUUGCCGCCAUUGUAAACAAUUCUGACGUGGUAGUUUCUCUACCACGGAACAUAAAGCUAUUCUGAAUGACUUUUAUUACAUCUUACUGACGUAAUUAUGCACAAACUUUGAAAAAUCUGUGGCAUUUCCCCUUGCCUUUGCAAGUUUUCUUUUAACAUGCAUGAUGUAUAGUAUAUACUUUUACUGUUGGUGUGUUUAUUCAGUCUUAUACACAAAAACGUUCAGUCAAUUUUCUCUUGUCUUGGCUUAUUUAUUUAUGUGGUGUUUUGCCUUUUGGUGUCUCAACCUUUUGUGUCUAUCUGGGGCUAAAUGUUUUGUCUCCGUAUUUCUUCAGUGUUUACAUUUUGGCCAGCUUUUGCCAGUCUACUGUACUUUCUGUUUACAGUAUUGUAGCAGGCUACAGUAUUGAUGUCGUUUGACAGCAGUGGUUAGAUUUAAAUGAAGACUGAUCUGUACUACU